UACCUCACGCAUGGGCUCCAGCUGUACGGCGCGCUGCCCACCCCGCUGCCCACCCCGCCGCCUGGACCGCCCGUCGCGGCGGCGGCGGGUGCGGGAGCGGCGGCAUCGAGCCCCUUUGCCCCGCUCUCGCCCCUCGCGCCGUCCUCCCCCCCGCGCGCACAGCCCCAACCUCCCGCGCCCCUCCCCACGCCCGCGCACUCGCAGCUCCCCUCGCCCACGAGCGCCACGAGCGCCGCGUACGCACACCCGCCCGGCUAUCCCUACUCCCUCCCCGCGCACGCGCACGCGCACGCACACGCGCACGCACACGCGCAGGUCCAGAGCCCGCCGCUCGGCUUCGCGUGGGCGCAGCAGGCGCCGGGGUAUGGGCAGGCCUACGGGUCGGGGUACGGGCAGGGCUACGACGCACCGGGCUAUAAUGCCGCGCAGGGCUUUAGCGCGCAGGGCUUUAACGCGCAGGGGUACGGCGCGCAGGGGUACGGCGCGCAGGGGUACGGCGCGCAGGGGUAUUAUGGGCAGGGAUACGGGCCGGCGCAUCCGCUCGCGGCGCUGUUGCCGCCGCCGCCGCCGUCGGGGCUGAAGAGCAGGAGCGGCGCGCGCAAGGCGUCUUCGGGUUCAGGCUCGGGGUCGGGGUCGGGGUCGGGGUCGCGGAGCCCCGAGGGAGAGGGAGAGGGAGAGGGGGGGCGGGGUAAGAAGGCGCCGAGGCAGAGGCAGGAUCGGGGGCGGCGGCGUGCGCGGGCGGGGUUUGAUGACGGGAAUGGCGACGGGGCGGGAGCGGGCUGGGGGCUGGAGGGUGUCGAUGCGCGCGAUGGGCGGGAAGAGGGGUCGAACGAGGCGGUGGAAGGGGGUGUGCGGUGCGCGUCUGGCGAGGGGGGAGCCGGGGACGAGGCCGGGGCCGGAUACGACGACGAGGAAGACUUCCAGGACGACAUGUACGAGAACGAAGACGAGGACGAGGACGAGGACGACGCAGAGGAUGAUGAUGAGGAGGACGACGACGACGACGACGCAGAGGACAGCGAGGACGGGACGUACGGCCUCAGCGAGGCGCUUGCGGACGCGAUAUUGAAGCGCCCGGAGGGCAUGCGGCUCGGGUCCGCCGCUGGCUCGGGGCGGGCGCGCAAGGGCGGCGCGCGGCGCGGGGCGUUUGCGGGCGCGGGCGUGGAGUUGGAUGUGGGCGGCGGGGAGCGGGCGUGGCGGUACCCGUCGAUAUUGGACUGGGGGAACGUGUAUGUGGAGGGCGCGCGCGCGGGGGAGCGGGGAGGGGAGGGGGUGGUGUUCGUCGGCGGGGAGGGUGGUGGGGAUGGGGAUGGGGAUGGGGAGGUGGAGGGCGUGGUGAGCGGGGUCGGAGGCGCUGAUGCCAUCGUUGUCGGCGGCGGGGCAUAGGCGAGGUCGUCCGUCUCCAAAACCUGGCUCCCCCGCUCUUCUAAUUUAUGUUGGUUUUUUCUUCCCCUCGCCAUGCUGCCUUCGUCCACUCGCUGUAAUUCACUCCCCCCCCCCCCCUUGCACGAUUUAUGUGUCAAUUAUCUCCCUUUGAGCUAUGUACAUGUGCCAGCCGCCCCCCUUCCUCCUUUCUUCCGUUUUCGCCACAGUCCCCGUAUGAUCGCGCCCCGCCCUUCCUUUGUUCGAUCUCCAGCCGGCCUCUGCCUCCUGACUUUGAUCUACUCUCUGUUUUUGUGCUUUUGUGCUUUUCGUGUUUUUGUGUUUUUUUUGUGUGUGAAUCGUUGGUCUGCUUUUGUCCAACUCUUUCUUUCUCUUUUUCGUCUCCUCUGCACGCACGCAUGUCAUAAGCUUAUUGUUUUUUUGUUUGUUUUCUGUUUUGUUUUCGUUUUAUCUUUUCUGCCUCGUCGCGCGUUGUUUGGCCGUCGAGUCUGCCAGUGGGGGUGGGUGGCAUCUAUAGUCGAAGAAGUAGAAAUCGAAAUUGAAUCCGAGUCCGUCUUU